AUGGGUGCAGUAGCAAGAAAAGGGAUGCUAGUGUACAAGAUUUACAGAGCAUUCAGCUACGUUUUAUCACCGCUUCUGCAACUUCACCUACGUUGGCGAAAAAUCCGAGGUCUCGAGCACCCAACCCGUUGGCCCGAGCGUUUGGGACGGCCUUCCCUCACUCGACCUCCUGGCCCUCUCCUCUGGUUCCACGCUGUUUCUUUAGGUGAAGGAAUGGCUGCGAUUCCAGUGAUUAAAGAAUGCGUUAAGUGGAGGCCUGAUUUGAACAUUUUGUUGACAACAACCACCAUCUCUGCUUUUGAAGUUAUAAAGAAUCAGCUUCCUGCUGGUGUCUUAUAUCAGAUAAAAUGUGGUUUGGGAUUUUCAUUUGUUCAUUUUCCGCAAGAUGAGCAGCUGGAGAAGCUGAAAUUGUUUUCUCCGAUUGAUAUCCCUGCUGCUAUGGAUGCUUUCCUUGGCUAUUGGAACCCAAGUGCUAUCGUGUUACUAGAGAGCGAACUGUGGCCAAAUCUUAUUAUGAGUUCUUCAAGAAAGGGUAUUUCACUGGCCUUAUUAAAUGCUCGAGUUUCUAUGAAAUCCUUCAAGUUAUGGUCGGCUCCUGUGCUUUUUCCACUCAUUUCGUUGAUGCUGUCCAAAUUUUCCAUGAUUGUCCCACUGAGUUCUAUGCAGGCAAUCCGUUUCCAGCUUCUGCAGGCCCCACCACUUAUCAUCAACUUUGCUGGUGACUUGAAAUACGCGGUAGAAUAUGAUGCUUCUAAGGAAGAGUUAGGGAGCAUAGAUGAUCUGAAGGUACAGCUUGGGCACAGCAAAGUUUGGAUGGCUUCUUCCAUUCAUAGGGGUGAAGAAGAAGUUAUGCUAGGAGUUCACAAAGUGCUCGAGCAAGUGUAUACUGAUCUGGUCACUAUUAUCGUACCUCGUUAUCCACAGCAUGGAAAAGAUAUAGCACGAAAAUUACAGAAAGAAGGGCAGCAUGUUACUUUAAGGUCUCAACAUCAAAGGAUCAUACCAGGAAGAAAUAUAUAUGUGGUGGACACAUUAGGUGAGUUGAGACACUUGUACAGGCUAACUCCAAUAGCUGUAAUUGGAGGUUCCUUCUUCCCAGGAUUAGCUGGCCAUAACAUAUCAGAAGCUGCGGCAGCUGGCUGUGCUGUUUUGACUGGUGAAUAUUUUCUGUCACAGGCCUUAUCUGUUACCCCUUUUGCACGUAACAUACCGUUGUCAAGAGGCUUUACUGUUUGGCUCUUUUCAGGUUCUCAUGUUGGGCAUUUCUCUCACAUGAUAAAGGAAAUGCGACGAUUAAAUCCAUUAUCAGUGCUGCAGGUGCCUGGAAAAUUAGAGCUUGAAGAAGCUAUGUUGAAGUUCUUUAGUGAUGCCAAAGUGCUAGAAGCACGGCGAACGGCUGCAAAGCAAGCAUGUCAUGCGUUGUCUAAUGGUAUCGUCACCAAUGUUUGGAACCUGCUACAUUAUCAUGUUUUGAAACAGGCUUUGCUAAAAGAUUUCCAGUUCUGGAGCUCAAAGAACACGGUUGGUUCAUGGUUGAAAGACAGAUAUGCAGAGAGCAUUGUAUAUGAUAGUCCAAUUGUUGGCUUGUGGAACCCUUCUCAUGAAAUUGGGGUGGGGUGCAUUUCUACUAUGUCUGCAUGCUUGUCUGAUUCUGUUUUUGCAUGUUCAACUGUCUACAUUGCAGCUGCUGCCCAAGCAUGGGGUCCUCUUGCGAAGCCUCGGAGAAGUGAUUAUGGAUCUUUCCCCAAGCUCAAUCCUUUAUCUACUUUGUUAUAA